AUGAAUAAUUGGAGCACAAUUCAAAGUAAAGCAUUAAUACGAUGGAUUAAUUUUGUUAAUAAUGAAAGCGUUGUUUCCGUUACAAGUCUUUCAAGUGUUAAUUUAAUAGAAUUAUUAGAAAAUUUAAGUGGAACAAAAUGUCCAUAUAAAUAUGAAAAAAUACCAAAAACAAACUUUGCCAGAAUUGAGGGGUUUGAUUGUGUUAUUCAAUUUGCAAAGUCAUUAAAUGUAAGAAUUGUUGGUAUUGAUGGAUUUGAUUUAUCUGUGGGAAAUGAAAAAACAUUUCUGGCAUUGAUCACUGGUAUUUUAAAUCGUUUUAUUGGACUAAGUUCUAAAGAAGUGAGACUAAUACACCAAUGGAUAGCUACUUUAGUUGGACAGCCAAUUCGUUCAAUGCGUGAAUGGGCAACUAUUCCAAUUCUUGGAAAAUUAUCAAAAUGCCAAGAACAUCCAUUAGAACGAUUAGAAAAAUUAGGAGUUCCGAUGUUAGUUGAUGAAGAAGAUUUAGGAAAAGAAGAGUUAUCAAUGAAUAUAUAUUUAGUGUAUUUAUAUGAAAAAAGAAAAGAGAUUGAAGCUUUGAAUAAAGAGAUGAUUAUUGAUUUAACUGGAGAUAAAAAGGUUGUUGAAGAAACUGUUGAAGAAUUGAAACAAAUUAAAAGCGGAAUUAUCCCUAAAGGUAUAGAAGAAAUUAAAGACAUAAAUGAAAAUGAAUUAGCUGUUGUUAAUGAAAUCGAACUAAGUGAAGAUGAUGAUUCUACUUCUACGUUCAGUUCAAGUGAACUUGACAGUGGGUUUGUCUCUCCAAUGGUGUCUGUUACAAGAGAAAUACCUACAAACAAUUGUGUUGAAUUAAUUGCAUUAGAAGCUUUAAAAAAAGAAGAAAGUUUUAAACAUGAAGUUGUUGAACCUGACUUUGAGUUAAAAGAAGUUGAAAACAAUUUAGAAUAUAUUAACAAAGAAGAAUCUACAGAAGAAGAUGAUGAACAACUGGAAAGCCAAAGUAAUGAAAUAGAAAAUAUAGAAAAAGAUUCUAGUACUAAUAUUACACAUAUUGUUUCAAACAAUACAGAAGAGAGUAUUCUAGAAAAUAACCAAUCUGAUAAUAUAAUUAAUAAUUGUGUUGAUGAAAAAUGUACAGAGAAAGAUAAAUUAAUUCAUGAAGAAGAACAAAUUAUUCCCAACUUUCAAAAUCAACUCAUUAAUGAUGAAAGUAAUGUCUUUGAACAGAAAAAAGAGAAAGAUGCUGUUUUAGAACAAGAUAAUGUUAUAGAAAAUAAACAAAUUAUAGAAAACAAUAAUCAAAGCAAAAAUGAUAUUGAAACAGAACAACAAACAACAGAGAUAAUCAACCAAAGUAUAUUUACUCUGUCUGAACAAAAACAAAAUAAAAAAGAAAUUUCUAGUUUAAUAGAAGUAAAUAAAGUCUUAGAUGAAAGUCAAGAUGAAUUAAAUGAAAACAAAAUAGUUGUUAAAGCUCAUCCAACAACUGAACCAAUAAUAAUAGAACCCAAUCCAUCAAUUGAAUCUUCACAAAAACGUAGAAUUAAUAAAAUUGAGUUUUAUAAACCAACACAAUUAUCUUACAGUUAUCAAGAAAAAUCAUUUAUUGAUUCACCAAGAAAACGUGGGACUUCUCUAUCCUCUAUUUCACAACAAACUGAAAAUAAUUCUAUUGAAUUAAGUCCAAAAGAAAUAGAAAAAGAAGGAAUUUUGUUUACCCCAAGAUAUUAUGGUAAAUUUAAAGCUGCAGAUGCUUUAUCUAAAAUAUCUCGUCAACGAUCAAAUACAUCGAAUAAAAAGGAUGUAGUUCCUAUUUUAGUUGUUCCGCCACAACCAAGUAAUACUUCUUUAGUCGAAGAAGUUAUGUUAGACCAAGAUAGAUUAUUUAAAAUGGAGACAGAGAAUAGGAUACGAAGAGAAAAUGAUUUAGCAAGGAUUAGGACUUUUAAAGAAAAGAAAAGUGAGUAUAUGAGAUGUGUUGAUAGUGACUAUUUAAUUAAAUCAUAUCUCGAUGAUUUCAAAAAAUGGACAGGUAAAUCUCAAUAUCAAGUUAUUUAUGAUUCAGCCAAAGAUGAAUUUCCAAUAGAGUUCACAGGACUGACUAAUAUUAUGAUAUUACUUGUAGGUAAAAGGUUAAAUAUUUUUGGGUGGUAUAAUACGAAAAAAAUACCAUCUUAUGGAUUUAUCAAAAACGAUCCUGGACAUUUUGUUUUUACACUUCAAAAUCCUUUUAAUAUUGCUCCAACUCCAUUUUAUCCUAUAAAAAAGAAAUGUAAGUCAUGUGCUAUUCAUCCAGAUGAGCAUAUAUUUAUUUCAUUAAAAAAAACAAUGAAUGUAAUAAAAAAAGGAAGGGUUUUUGUUGUUGAAAUGGGAAUGAAAUUUAGUCAACGAUAUACAGACCCUUCACUUGCUGGAGAUACUCUUUUUAUUAAAGAUGAAAAUGUAAUGGAAAAAGUGUUAGUGGUUCAAUGGAUGUAA